UAUCACAAUGUUAAUUACCGUUAUUAAAACUUUCAGCUCUAUGUUAACAACUCUGAGAUAGUAAGCAUCCGCGGCAAUAUGGUGCAUAAGCCAAAUUGCUUAUAUCAGCAAAACCUUUUGACAUUUAUCAAGGCCCAACCCAAAAAUUAUAUUCUUUUGUAAAAAUUCACAUACAGGUGGUUCCUGGCAAUAUGAUAGGCUAAUUGUUCGUUUUGGUAAUAUCCCCGCCCUUCUAAUGAAACGUAUAUAACUUCGAACCUUUUCCCCAAAAAUGCUAUUGCAGUGGAGUUUGGAAAAAGGAAACAGUGAAAUUCAUUAGUGACGCAACUAGUCAACUUGUUGGAACGUGCCGAUUUAUAAGUAGUAACCAUGAUGCUGUGGUCUCUCUUCGUUGUUGGAGUACUAAUGACUCUCACUGACGCAGAUUGUCCGGAUGGCUGGAGUGAAUACGAUAACGCCUGCUACAUAUACUUCAUGGAUCACGACAACUGGAAUGACGCUCGUGCUCAUUGUCAUUCAUUUGAUUUUUCGUGCGAUGACAAGUAUGCUCGUCUUAGUUUGGCUACACUCACUAAUGAUGGAGAACGCGAGUUUGCCAAUUCACUUUGGAAAGAUGCAACUGGUGGAAGGAUCACUGAUACAUAUGGUGCCAGAUAUUGGAUUGGGCUGUACAAGAAUAACGAAGGGUGGCAUUGGGACGACGCCAGAAAGGUGGUUGCUGGCGAGCUAAACUGGGCAAAGGACGAGCCAAAUAACCAGGGAGGGAAUCAAAAUUGCGCUGCUGUGUGGUUUGAUGACCUAAAAUGGGACGACCGCAACUGCUAUACUUCAGAAGGCCUUGCCUAUCUCUGCGAGUUUAAAUGCGAGUGAAUUUGAAUGCUGUCGACACAAACUUUGUAAAAGUUUGGUUCAUUUAAUUAUUAGCCAAACAACUUUUAUUUUUUACAUUUUAUCGCACAUAGAUUUUGAAUAAACACUGGCGUCAAAUACCACUGAUUAACAAUGUUCCUGUUGUUUGAAUAACAAGAUACCUAGAGUUGUUCAAACACAUUGCCUGAAUAUAUUAAACAUCUUUAUCAUAUAUUAAAUUACGUUACCUAUUAAUAACAAGUAUGUUCAUUGCUCAUGUCGUUCUUCUGUUUACUCAUAAUCUACAUUAUUAAUAAAUGCACGUAAAGUCACGCAACACCUUCCCAUGUGUCAUUUUUUUUUCAUUGCUAUGUAGAACAUUUAAGCCUUUAAAUAUAAAUAAUAGGAUAUUGGCUUAAAAACAAGUAUUUAAUCAUCCUACCAAGGAGAAAAGCUUAUUAUUCCCUCGGUUGCUUAUAUACUCCCCUUUGCAAGCUGAUGCUGCUUUACCGUUUGAAUAACCUUUGUUUGCACAAUUUCAUUUCAAGCUUGACAGGUUAAAAAUGUGAUGCAAA